UGUAUAUUGUUCCCACCAGUUCAGCUCAUCACCGCGGAAGCCACUGCCCACUUGCAACAAAACAUAAAGAGAGUACCAUAUGUGAGAAGAAAAGACAGAGAAAUAUUCACACAUGAAUAUCUACAUACUUGUUUUUCUCGUUCAGUGGCUGGCAUGUGGUUGCUGCACUUCUGAUGUUCAUGUUGGUUACCAAGUAACUGUUGCUAUACCGAUAGAAUACAGCAGAGGGUUUGUGGGGAGGGCUUUUCUGAUGGAGACGAACCAAACAGUGCUCAACUUUAAGGCUGCAAUUAGCGUUGAAGCAGUUGAUGAGAAGUAUACGUGUUCGCUUGAUGUGUUUCUUGGAGAUGUCAAGGUAUGGAGCUCUGGUCAUUUGUCACAGUUUUACACAACGGAGAAGUGCAUUCUUGAGUUAACACAAAAUGGAGACCUAAGAUUGAAGGGCCAGAGAGGAAGUGUUGGAUGGCGAACAGGAACUUCUGGACAAGGCGUUAAGAGAUUACACUUGCUACGGACAGGCAAUCUAGUUUUGGUUGAUUCCCUGAACAUGAUAAAAUGGCAAAGUUUCAAUUUCCCAACAAAUAUAAUGCUCUGGGGCCAGAGACUAAGUUCAAAAACUCAGCUGACUGCUUUCCCAAGUAACUCUAGUUUAUUUUAUUCACUGGAGAUCCACGAUGACAAGCUUGCAUUGUAUCUGAACUCUGGUAAGUGGAAGUAUUCUUACUGGGAAUUUAGGCCCUCUAAUAACCGAACUAUUACAUAUGUUGAAUUGACUUCAGAAGGAUUAGAGAUAUAUAAUGGUAUGCAAUGGAGAAUUGCUCAAUUAAGGUCAAAAAUACGGGAACCUCCAAAAUUUUUAGCACUAGGGAACAAUUCAGGUAACUUGGGACUUUAUUACUACUCAGCUGACAAGGGAGUGUUUGAAGCUUCAUACAAGGCAAUCAACAGUACUUGUGAUCUUCCUUUGGUGUGUAAACCAUAUGGUAUUUGCACCUUCUCCAGUGACUGCUCAUGUAUAAGGCUAAUAAAAAGAGGAGAUGGAUUACUUUCUGAUUGCAGUGAAGAAAUAACUGGUGGGAUCUGUAAUACAAGUAGGGUAGAAAUGCUCGAGUUACGAGGAGUUACGAGUGUGCUCAGUAGCAAUUCUAAAAAGGUCAAUGUUAAGAAAGAAGUGUGUGCAAAUUUGUGUUUAGAUAACUGUACAUGUGUUGCAGCAUUAUAUUCACCAAUUGGUGAUGAUGCAAGCCUGGGAGAAUGUUAUCUUUAUGGGUUAGUAAGAGGAGUUAAACAAAUUGAAAGAGGAAGCAAAUGGAGCUAUAUGGUUAAGGUGCCAAAGGAAGUUGAUCAGGGCCAUGGUAAACAUUCAGGUCUAAAGAAAUGGGUCUCCGUUGUGGUAGGAGUAGUCGAUGGAUUUGUUAUUUUAGUUGUUUUGGGAGGGAUUGGGUACUAUGUAGUUCAAAAGAGGAAAACGAGCACACAGAGUACAGAAGACACAAACUAACCUCAUUCACUUGGAAUUUUUCUUCAAGAGUUUCAAGAUCCAACUUAACAAUACAAAUAAACUGUUCAAUGCUUGAAGGCUUACUUUACAAUGUGGGAAUUAACUCAAAAUCAGGGUGAAGUGGUAGAAUAGGUGCAUAGCCCACCAGACAUCUGGGUCUUGGACAGUCGCUAGAAAAUGGUGUGAAUUCAUGUUUCUAUUUCAAGCAAAACCUUAUGACACUUGUGCAGAUAGCCAAGCAUUUGGCAGAAAAUCACCUCAAUCAUACAAAAGCUCAUCUAGAAAAAGUGGAAGCCACAUUUGCAACUGAAUGAUAUACAACAAAAGGCAUAGAUGUAAAGACAAAAUCAAGAUGAACCAGGUAUGAAGGUGCUUCCCCCCCUUUUGUGUGUGUGAUUAGUGGGAUUACCCUUUAAAGUUCUAUUCUGACUAACUUUUUGCACACAAUAACAAAAUAGACACACAGAGGACCUCAACAAGAACGCAACAGGGUUACACUUACAAGUGCAAAAUUUCAAGCCUUAAAGCAUUGAAAAGAAGAGAAGAUAUACCUGAUGAGCUGAUGCCAAACUGAAGGACCACCUGACUGUUUCCUCAAAGUUCACCUGAGAUGGCUGGAGGGAAGCAUUUCUCCUCACAGAUUCAAAUCAGACACUAUAAAAGGAGUAAAAGCUACCCCUGACAGCAAUUAGUUCUUCAUUCUUUCUUUUAACUUAAGUAAUGAUUUUGGUCUCUUACCCAAUUUGUUUAUCGCCAUCUUUUUAGUUUCAAUUCUUUUUUACAUAUUGAUUUGUUCCACAGACACAAGUACACAGCUGAAGCAGAAUUUAUAUGUCUAUUUAUUCAUUUAUUUAAUUUUCACAAUAGAUUCUUAAGUUGUAGCUUUUGUAUCUUCAAAAAGACCCAGCUCAUUCAUCCUCUUCUGUUGAAUGACUGAAUUUUCCAA